UAUAGAGUAAUCUGAAACUUGUGAAAAGAGUUUAUCAGUUCUAUUGAAUGAGAGAGAGACGAUUGAGAAUUCCGGAGAAAGAGUAAAACAUCAUCUGCAUAAAGACUUAUCUUAUGUUCUAUUUUCUCACACUUUAUCCCUUUAAUACACAUUGUUUGCCUAAUUGCUUCCGCUAGUGGUUCGAUAAAGAUAGCGAACAGUGAGGGGGAGAGUGGGCAUCCCUGCCUGGUCCCCCUCUGAAGGCAGAAGCUAGCUCAAGACUAAGACCAAGGUAAGAAAGGUUGAAAGACGACCACCACUGAACAAGACACACAAGCUGAAACGUCAAGACUGGGCCAAGAAAUAUCUCAAGACUGAUUUUUCAAAGGUUUUAUGGACUGAUGAAAUGAGAGUGAGUCUUGAUGGGCCAGAUGGAUGGGCCCGUGGCUGGAUUGGUAAAGGGCAGAGAGCUCCAGUCCGACUCAGACGCCAGCAAGGUGGAGGUGGAGUACUGGUUUGGGCUGGUAUCAUCAAAGAUGAGCUUGUAGGGCCUUUUCGGGUUGAGGAUGGAGUCAAGCUCAACUCCCAGUCCUACUGCCAGUUUCUGGAAGACGCCUUCUUCAGGCAGUGGUACAGGAAGAAGUCUUCAAGAAAAACAUGAUUUUCAUGCAGGACAAUGCUCCAUCACACGCAUCCAAGUACUCUACAGCGUGGCGGGCAAGAAAGGAUAUAAAAGAAGAAAAACUAAUGACAUGGCCUCCUUGUUCACCUGAUUUGAACCCCAUUGAGAACCUAUGGUCCAUCAUCAAAUGUGAGAUUUACAAAGAGGGAAAACAGUACACCUCUCUGAACAGUGUCUGGGAGGCUGUGGUUGCUAAUGUGGGAUUCAAGAAACUUGUCGAGACUUUAGAUAAAAGGUACGACUUGCCAUCUCGAAAUCAUUUCAGUCGAGUGUGUCUUCCUGCUCUUUAUGAUGAGUGUCGCCAGGGCAUUCUAAAGGACCUUGCUAAUGUUAAAUAUUUCGCCACCACUACGACCUGUGGUCAAGCCAAACAAUGGAACCGUAUAUGAGCCUCACGGUUCAUUUUAUAGAUGCCGAUUUCAACAUGGAAACUAGAUGUCUACAGACGUCUUAUUUCCAGAGGAUCACACAGGGCAGAACAUCGCUGCUGGACUGAGACAAGCGAUAGCUGCUUGGAACCUAGAUGAGGGGAAACUCAUCUGCAUGACCACAGACAACGCCCGCAACGUAACACUGGCUGCUCAACUCAACGGCUGGAUGAGGUUUCAGUGCUUCGGACACAGACUCCAUUUGGCCAUAGGUAAGCUGGAUAUGAUUUACGGAUGUAAUUAUUAGAAUUGAAUGACAAAAAUUACCAUACAGUGUUUACAACCUCAGGCUAUGCAUGUCUAAAAAAACCUUUAUGAAAAAGGCAGAGGCCAUCCCAUUUUUAUUGUUUAAUUGUUUACAGUCAUUACCUACCUUUGUUGGUUUUUCCCACAUAAGUGUGAUAUUUGAGAUUUUGAUUCAUGAGUGAUAUAACUUGCUUUGACAUUUGAUUCAUUCUUUAACUAAAGGCCAGUAGUUAAGUAGGUGGCAAAGUGUUCUUUAUAUUUAUUCUGUUUAUUUUUAUACAGUGUAUUUUUGUACUUUUCAGUAGAACUUUGUAUCUCAAGACAAAGUUACUGUUUGUUUAAUAAUUUAUUUAUUCAAAAUGAAUCCGUUAUGAAUUAAUUAUAUGAAUGAAUACGUAAUCUGAAAGAUAUUCUUUCUCUCUCACACACACAAAUGACAGUCUUAUCUGUGGAUUGGAUUAUAUAUAUAUAUAUACAUUAUAACAAAUAAAUUAAUAUCUUAACAGAAUGUUCUUUUUUUCCCAAUCACAGAGAGAGCCAUGAAAGAUGCUAGGAUUGAUCGGGCAAUUGGGGUCUGCAAGAAGGUGUUCAGCACCUUCUCCUACAGUUGGAAAAAGAAGAAGGAGCUGGCCAAGGCGCAGAAGGCCCUGAGUCUGCCUGAACACUCACUAAAGACUGAGUGUCCAACAAGAUGGGGUUCGAGUCAUGCAAUGGUUUCCAGAGUCCUCGAGCAGCAGAAGGCUAUUGCCCAGGUCCUCUCUCAAGACAGGGGAGCCCGGCACUUCAUCCCCACAUGGCAGGAUAUUGAUGUCCUUGAGCAAGACCCUGGGCCCUCUGGUUGAUUUCACCGAUGCUCUUUCUGGUGAAAAAUAUGAGACUCCAGUGAUGCAGAUGCCUGCUGAAUCUGAUGACACAGAAGAAGCAAAGAAGAAGAGGAGGAAGAAGGGCCUCGGCAGUUUCUUCAAGGUCCCUGAGGGCACUUCUCCAGGUGGUGCGGGGCCUGCUUUGCAUCCAGAUGAGGCCAUAGCCUUAGAGCCAUAGGCCUACCUCCAGGCAGCGACUCUUGACACUGAGGAAGACCCCUUGGAGUGAUGGAAGCAAUCCCCGAAGCUCUUUCCAAAAUUAUCCCUCCUUACGAAGAAAUAUAUUUGCAUCCCAGCCACAAGUGCCUCUUCGGAACGGGUCUUCAGCACAGGUGGCAAUAUUGUCACCUGUCUGCGUGCAUCUCUGAUGCCAGAUCACGUCAAUAGGCUUGUCUUUCUGGCUAAAAACCUUAAAGAGAGUGUAAAAGUAAAGGACUUGAGCAUGCACAUUUGUUUUCUAUUUUAGUUUUUAAAGAUCAGUAGUUUAAGUCGUGGAAUUAAUUGCAUGGCUAAAUGUUCUUUAUAUUUUUAUUUUCAUACACUGUACUUUUCAGUUGUUGAACUUUAUAUUUUAUAUUUCAAGACAAAGUUACUAUUUGAGUCGUUUUUUUAUGUAUACAGUAUUGUUUACAAUCAGUGGUGCCCUACUGGAUUUUUUCUCCAGGUACCACACACUAAGAUUUACAUACCUCAAAGUAACGUGUGAUUUUUUUUACCUUGAUUCAUGAAGGAUGAUUUAAAAUAAAUAGCUUUUACAUUUCUUUUUUUUUUACUAUUGAAAGUAGUUUCAGUAGGUUGUGGAAGUUCAUGGCACAAUGUUCUUUAUAUAUUCUAUUUUAAUAAUGUGUUUUUGUACAUUUCGGUUGUUGUUGCACUUUACACAAAGUUACACUUUUAGUUUGGGAGAAUUAAGUCAGUUUUGCUAAAUGUCUGUAAAGCUACAGAUGAUAAAUGUAAAAAAGUCAAUGUUAUGUUCAAUAAAUGACUUUAAUCAAAGUUACUGAAUAAUCGUGUUAAAUAAUCGACAUAUCAAUUUCAUUCAAAAUAAUCGUGAUUAUCAUUUUUGCCAUAAUCGUGCAGCCCUUAAGAAACCCGGUCUUAAUGUCUCUGUAUUAUCCAAUCAUCGACCUAUUUCUACGCUGCUAUUUCUUUCUAAGGUUCUUGAGAAAGUCGUUUUUAAGCUGUUUUCAGACCAUUUAAAUAACAAAUUUAAGAAGUUUUUCAACCAGCUUUUAGAACAAAGCAUAGUACUGAAACUGCGCUUGUGAGAGUGUUCAAUGAUAUUUACCAAUAUACUGAUGUGGGGUGACAGUCUUUUUAUUACUCUUAGAUCUGACCGCUGCUUUUGAUACUCUUGAUCAUGUUAUACUUCUCAAUCGACUGGAGAAUUUUUUUGGUCUCUGGUUCAGCGCUCUUCUGGAUGAGUUCAUACCUGGCUGACAGGUAUGUGACUGUUAAGAUUGGCAUCUUCUUCUCAAGGUAUGCUCCCCUGAAAUAUGGGGUCCCACUGAGCUCUGUAGUAGGUCCUCUGCUUUCAUUUUAUGUUUUCUCCCUCUUGGGGCCAUCUUUAGGAACUAUAAGCUUGACUUCCAUCUUUAUGCUGAUGACUGUCAGGUCUAUGCUCCUGUUAAAGCUAAGGAUUUAGAUCUGAGUUGUCUUUGUGAGGUUAAUAAUUGUGGAUGGGUUGUAAUUUUCUCCAGAUUAUUGAGUCUAAGACUGACUUUAUUAUGUUUGCACCAAGUGGUGCUCCUGUAGUUACUCAGUCUCAUAUGAUGCAAAGGAUGUUGUGUCUAAUUUGGGUGUUAAGAAUGAUUCUCAGCUUACAUUUGAUGUUCAAGUCAAUAAUGUGGUUCAAGUAUGCUUUUUUCACCUAAAGAACGUUGGUUACGUAUUGUAACCCCAGAUUCUGAGUGUAGUCGCAGCCCAUAAGCUAGCUGCUAUUGGAGCUAACCAGUUAGUUAUUAUUAGAUAUUUAUUAUUAUAAUGCAUUUGAUGCAUUUUGUUUAGACUACUGCAAUAGUCUUUACUUGGGUGUUGAUCAUGGAUGUAUUGCUAGGCUGCAGCUAGUUCAAAAUGCUGCAACCCGUCUUUAGACUGGCACUGGUCGAUUUGAUCAUAUCACUCCAGUUGUUGCCUCUCUGCCUUGGAUCCCAGUUCAGUUCUGUGUUCAAUUUAAGAUUUUGGUUCUGGCCUACAAAUGUUUAAAUGGCCUUGCUCCUAGCUCUUUAUCUGGAAUUCUAGUGCCAUAUGUCCCAUCUUGUGGAUUAAGGUCAGCUGACCUAGUGAGCAGAACUAACUGUCAUCACAAGCUGCUGAUCUAGCAGCAUGAUGCUCAUUAUUAUUUUAUGGGUUACAGAUGAGUGUUGAUGCUCUGUGUUUGUAUUUCUGCAGCGAGCCUUACAAUCUCACCUCUUUCCACCACAGUUUCUUCUUAAAACACGUAUUACAUUUACUGUUUUUGACGCAUUUAAACGAGCUUCCUCCGCGCCAUGAUUUCAUUAUAGGAUACAAACUUUACAGCACUCUCACUGGGAAAACGUUCGGCAGAUAUGUUUGUUUACAUUUUUGCCCCGCUACAGUGUUAGGGAAAGGAAGGGAGGGGCAGACGUGAUGCUGCUGUCAGGGUAUCUCUAGGCUCCACAGUAGCAGCAACGGACGGCUGGUUUGACCGGCUCUGAGAGGCGCUAAUCAGAAUUUGCAGAUAGCGUUUUUUUCCUUCUACCAUUUGCAUAGUGAUGUCUGGACUUAAAAGCAACUCAUUAGAUUCAUAGUUAUUUGUUAAAGUAAUGCAUUACCAUGAAUAGUAAUGUGUUUACCAACAUUGGUUAUGUAUAUUACUGAUUGCAAAAACACCCCUAGGUCUUUUGUCUUGUCUUUUUACUGAAUAUUUAUCUUUUAUAUAUUUCUGCUUGGUUCACUGCAGUUUUAAGGAAGAGAGAAGAGACGGAUGAGAAACCUCUGCUCUUACAUUUCCACAACCAUCAAAUGAAAGACGGAGGUGUCCCAACCAGCAGCUUGGCUGGGCAGAUGGCAGCAAAAGUUGGUGGAGGAGCAGAAACUAGCAAGAACCUAGAUCUGGACCCUAAUGAAAAGACAUCCAAUUCUUCAGAGAUUGAAGUUAGCGGAGAAGAUGAAGAUGAUGUGAAUCUAGACUCUGAGCUUUCAGACUCUGGGCCCAAAACUGGAAACGAAGACCAUGGCUGUAAUGAGAACAAGUCUUCGGAGUCAGAUAUAAAGACCGUCAACAAAUCAUUUAGCUGCCCUGUGUGUGGUAUACGGUUCCUCCACCAGUGGUCUCUUCAGGAACAUGUGAGAGUGACAAGUCAUUCAGCAGUAAAGUUGUCAGAGUGUUCGGUUAAUACAAAAUGUGUGAAAGAGAAGCAACAUGGAGGCUCAUGUAGAAAAGUCCAGAAAGAACCAAAAUCAUUUAGUUGUGAUGACUGUGGGAAAAGAUUUAGCCAAAAGUCCAAAUUAACCCGUCAUAUGAAAGGCCACACCGGGGAGAAGCCUUUUGCCUGUGUGCUCUGUGGAUACAGAUGUACCAGAAAGGCAAGUUUAAACAGACACAUGAGAGUCCACACAGGAGAGAAGCCUUUUGCCUGUGAGCUCUGUGGAUACAGAUGUACCCAAAAAUCAGAUUUAAACACACACAUGAAAGGCCACACAGGAGAGAAGCCUUUUGCCUGUGAGCUCUGUGGAUAUAGAUGUACCCAAAAGGCACGUUUAAAUGCACACAUGAGAGUGCACACAGGAGAGAAGCCUUUUGCCUGUGAGCGCUGUGGACAAAGAUUUAGCCGUAAAGGUAGUUUAAACACACACAUGAGAGUGCACACAGGAGAUAAGCCUUUUGCCUGCGAGCUCUGUGGAUACAGAUGUACCCAAAAGGCAAGUUUAAACACACACAUGAAAGUCCACACAGGAGAUAAGCCUUUUGCCUGUGAGCUCUGUCGAUAUAGAUGUGCCCAAAAGGCACGUUUAAACAAACACAUGAGAGUCCACACAGGAGAGAAGCCCUUUGCCUGUGAGCUCUGUGGAUACAGAUGUACCAAAAAGGCUAAUUUAAACACACACAUGAGAGUGCACACAGGAGAGAAGCCUUUUGCCUGUGAGCGCUGUGGACAAAGAUUUAGCCGUAAAGGUAGUUUAAACACACACAUGAGAGUCCACACAGGGGAGAAGCCUUUUGCCUGUGAGCUCUGUGGAUACAGAUGUGCCCAAAAGGCACGUUUAAACAAACACAUGAGAGUCCACACAGGAGAGAAGCCCUUUGCCUGUGAGCUCUGUGGAUACAGAUGUACCCAAAAGGCAAGUUUAAACACACACAUUAAAGUCCACACAGGAGAUAAGCCUUUAGUCUGUGAGCUUUGUGGAUACCGAUGUACCCAAAAGUCACAUUUAAACACACACAUGAGAGUCCACACAGGAGAGAAGCAUUUUGCCUGUGAGCUCUGUGGAUACAGAUGUACCAAAAAGUCGAAUUUUAACACACACAUUAGAGUCCACACAGGAGAGAAGCCUUUUGCCUGUGAGCUCUGUGGAUACAGAUGUACCCAAAAGUCACAUUUAAACACACACAUUAAAGUCCACACAGGAGAGAAGCCUUUGCCUGUGGACAAAGAUUUAGCCGAAAGACAAAUUUAAAGAGACAUACGAGCAUCCACAAAAGGCUCGAGGGAUUUAUUUAACAACAGUACUUCCAAAUGUACUUAUUAGACUAUUUAGUUUUUUUACAACCUUAAUGUUAGUCUUGUACCUCUGCUCAACUAUCGUUAAUCAAGUCCGUACUCUGCCCUUGAGCCACCUCUUCUUUUGAUUUUCUUUUUCAAAUCGCCUUUGUUUUUAAACUCAGACCUUAACCAAACAUUUGAGAUGUUCAUUCAUGAAUUCUGAAAAAUAUUACUUAAAGAUUAAGAAAAACUGUUAUACCCUCCUGUAUUUAAGAAACAGACAAGACAACAGGCACAUGAUGGUUGUAGUACAUAACCCACUGCAAUUUAAAGCUGUUAGAUACCGGUGGUGCCUGCUUUAAACAAUUUAUCUGUAUAUAAAAUAAUAGCAUACAAUGUUGUAAUAACUACAGCUUAAAAAUAAUGUGUCUUUAUUCAUUUGGAUCCCCUAAAGAGAAAUCCCACCUUAAAGGUUGUGGAGAGACAGUUGGGACUGUUGUCAAGAAGUCAUAAAUUACAAGGCGGCUCUGUGGAGACUCCAUUCUCCUACAAUACCAUUAUCACUGAUAAAAGCUGUGGGUUUAUUCAUUUGUGAAUUAAUUAAGCAAUACAGAUCACAGUCCAAUGUUUUUGUUUUGUUUUGAUUUUUAAGUAAGAUUCAGCAAAUGCUGUCGAAUCACUGAACCAUCGUCUGGGAAGUGAAAUAUGAACUGUGUCCAAGUACCCCUGUAAUGUGCUUGCAUACCACUAGGCAGAAGAAAAAAUAUUUGUAUUUAGCGUCUCUCAAGAAAAGCUCACAAGGUGCUUUAUAAGAACGACAAAACUGGAAAAAAAAGAACAAAGACCAUAAUAAAAAUACAAAAAAAGGGAAAUUUUUAGACUAAAAAUGAAUCCUGUUGUGAGAAAAAAGCUACUGAGGAAGAAUCAUGAAUAAUGUGUGUUUAGAUGGUAAAUUACAGAGUUCAGAGCGGUUCUGGUUUAGUCCGCUGUUGGAUCAUCAACACUUGACAGGAGACAUGAUCGUCUUUUAUACAGAAUGUCUCGUGUCUUCAUCUGUCUAGGGCUGUUAUGAUGGUUUUAUUUUUGAAUUAUUUGAACAUUAAAGGUUCUCUGCAGA